GGAGGCCCGGCCAUGUUUGGGAUGAAGGGAUGGAUGGAGGAGGUGGAGGGUUAAUAAACUCAGUCAGAGCCGUUCAGACUCUCACUUCUGUCCUGUCCCCCCCCACGUCCCAGCAGGCCCUGCACUGCCACGUGUGACUCUUUAGCGUCGUUGUCGUGUCGUUGCCCGCCCACAGCGCCCCCUGCCUGCAGUCAUGUGUGACGACGAGGAGAGCACCGCUCUGGUCUGUGAUAAUGGCUCCGGUCUCUGUAAGGCCGGGUUCGCCGGGGACGACGCCCCCAGAGCCGUCUUCCCCUCCAUCGUGGGCCGGCCCCGCCACCAGGGAGUGAUGGUGGGUAUGGGGCAGAAGGACAGUUACGUCGGGGACGAGGCUCAGAGUAAAAGAGGUAUUCUGACCCUCAAAUAUCCCAUCGAACACGGAAUCAUCACCAACUGGGACGACAUGGAGAAGAUCUGGCAUCACUCCUUCUAUAACGAGCUGCGAGUGGCUCCAGAGGAACAUCCCACCCUCCUGACUGAAGCUCCGCUCAACCCCAAAGCCAACAGGGAGAAGAUGACACAGAUCAUGUUUGAGACCUUUAAUGUUCCGGCCAUGUACGUGGCCAUCCAGGCCGUCCUGUCUCUGUACGCCUCAGGACGCACCACAGGUAUCGUGCUGGACUCUGGAGACGGCGUCACCCACAACGUGCCGAUCUACGAGGGUUACGCCCUCCCUCACGCCAUCAUGAGGUUGGACCUGGCAGGCCGCGACCUCACCGACUACCUCAUGAAGAUCCUGACGGAGCGCGGCUACAGCUUCGUCACCACAGCGGAGAGGGAGAUCGUGCGGGACAUCAAGGAGAAGCUGUGUUACGUCGCUCUGGACUUUGAGAACGAGAUGGGGACAGCGGCGACCUCGUCCUCUCUGGAGAAGAGCUAUGAGCUUCCUGACGGACAGGUCAUCACCAUCGGCAACGAGAGGUUCCGCUGCCCUGAGACGCUGUUCCAGCCGUCCUUUAUCGGUAUGGAGUCGGCAGGUAUCCAUGAGACGACCUACAACAGCAUCAUGAAGUGUGACAUCGACAUCCGUAAAGAUCUGUACGCCAACAACGUCCUGUCUGGAGGAACCACCAUGUACCCGGGUAUCGCUGACCGCAUGCAGAAGGAGAUCACAGCCCUGGCCCCCAGCACCAUGAAGAUCAAGAUCAUCGCCCCCCCAGAGAGGAAGUACUCGGUGUGGAUCGGCGGCUCCAUCCUGGCGUCCCUCUCCACCUUCCAGCAGAUGUGGAUCAGUAAGCAGGAGUACGACGAGGCGGGACCGUCCAUCGUCCACCGCAAGUGCUUCUAGAAAGAUCCGUCAGGGUCGCCAUUUUCUUCCAGCGCCCCCCUCCGCCCCCCCACCUCGUCUUAUUUUAGCCCUCACUGAGCACGAGCUAACAGGUCCCAGAUCAGAUCCCCAAAAACAUCCACACAGAGACGGACGGCAGCAACGUGAAGUCAGUCAGUGGUGUUUUUUGGUAUUUAGGAAGAUGCUAAAAUAAAUGUUUUUUUCUGACAGCUGGUCAAAAGGAAGUGAUGUCAUCAGAUGUUUUUGGUGAACUGAACCUUUAAAUAUUCAGAACGUCCUCCCUCUCUGCUCACCUGAAAACUGUGAAUGUGGCGCUUUCCUCCAUCUGUAGCCCCUCCCCCCACCCUCCCGCUCCACCUGUGGCCCCGCCCCCUCCCGUCCUCCAUGUUGGUACUGUUUGUUGUCAAAAAGUGUGUUUUUAUUUUUGAUGAAUAAAGCUUGAACGCUGCCCGCUGGUGUUAUCUUCUGUCUUGUAAUGAUGUCACACAGUGUAAUGAUGAUGUCACAGCUGUUGAACUCUGGGUAGGUGAACAGGAGGCGUGGCCUCAUGGUGCUGUCUGUAAAAAGUGAAGUGUGUCAUGUGACAUCAACAACAUGGAGGUGACAGACGAUUGGCUGAGGAAGACAAUAAAGAGCUCUCAUACAAGA